AUGGCUAGUUCUGCAUCUGCAUCAGACGUGCUUCUGUAUUUUGAUCACGGACGAGUGGAAAGAGUAAAGCUGAAGCGAACUUAUCCAAGCUUCCUCGACGGAGAGGAUCUCGCUGAGCGCAACAAUACUGGCGGACCGCGCCAUGUUCCAGGAAUCCACGUGGCCAUCAAUUUCGAGCGUCACCCCAACAUCCAAUUUUCACACGGUUUUGGCAUGUGGAAGCAGGAGCGCUUGAGCUCUCCCGAGCUCGCUAUGCUCCGGCUCAUGAAUGACCUCACAGAGGAGGAAAAUUGGCAGGCCGACGUUUUCAGUUUCCCUGCCAUGAGAAGAUGGAAGGUGUUAGCCCUUUCUAGCUAUUUUACCGACCACGAACUAUGGGACUGGUGCCUCUUUGAGCUGAUGGAGAAAGCAAAAGUGUACACCUCUUCAAAGCGGAUCUUUGUUUUGGACUCUGCAUCUCGCGUCUGCAAAUCAGAUCGGCUGAGAGAUACGCAUCUAUUCAAACAGCUGACUACAAAUACCGGAAAGCGUUCCAUAUCUCCUUGGCUGUAUCCAUUUAUCUAUGCGGGAUCGCCUAUUCGAGCAGAUGGCCGGGCCAUCGAUCUGGAGAAUGUCACGAGCAGUAUCGGCGGUGGGAUCAUCCCACCACGACCUUUUUGGGACGCUGACCACUGGAGUGGCGAAAUGCAAUACUACUCCAAAAAAUCAGAAUGGAUUGCAGCAGAUGUCAGAUUCACAGGAGAGGGCAACUCGGUGAAGUUUUUGUCACCAAUCAACAACCUGCACCCUCUCCGACACAAGCCCUUGUACUCCGCUAUAGAGAAUUUGAUAGCCGAGUCGAUUCCAGAGUGGAAUCAGGUCUUACUUUACAAAUCGCUUCAAAGAAACGGGUCGCGAAUCAAGUCGCCAGACAGACGCUGCAACGCGUGUAUUGGUACCACCAGUGGCUCUUGCUCCUGUGCUGUUGAAUUCAACAAGUUUUCAGAAUGGAUACAAGGCACUCUUGGCACUGGAACCGAGGAACCCCCUGAGAACUCAGAUUGGAGUCCUGCGCUGGCCUUGAAUGGAGAAUACGCAAAUGUGAAACGGCUUUACGACAGUGUGUCCCUAAGUCAGGGGUUUAAAGACAAAGGGUUGCAGGUUCACGUGGAGUUGGCGAAUCUGGAAACUGGUUCGGACAGAUCUACUCCAGCUGAAGACUCAUGGCGCUUUGAAUGGGGUCUCAAUGGCAAUCGCAACGAACGCAUCGUCGCUACCACUCUGGUGUGCCUGCGCCAAGAAAAUUUGAAAGAUAAUUCUGGGAAAAUCUUCUUUCGUUCCGAAAUAAAAAAGAAGAGUCGGACGGGAGAGGCUGUUGUGGGGAGAGUACAACCUAGCACUUCUGCCCCUUCACCAGUGUCUGGAUACUCCCUUUCGCCGCAUUUUCAGGAGCUGGGGAGCGUCAGCCUACCUGAGGGACGGGUGGUGACGUUUCCAAAUACCCUUCAGCACAAGUUGCGAAUGGAUCUUCAAGACGGGUCAAAACGUGGUCGACUGCAGUUCCUUGCUAUACAUCUCGUAGACCCCCACUACCGUGUCUGCUCAACACGGCAUGUGCCACCGCAGAGCGUGUCGUGGUGGUGGGAAGCCGCUAGACUCGGUUUUCUCUGUUGGCAGCACAAAAUUCCCCUCGAAAUUAAGAUGCUCUUUGUCGAUUUUGCCAUCGGCGAAGGCUGCGGGCACUCUAUACAGCAGGGAGAAGAAGCUGAGGAGCCCGGGCAAGCGCCGAAUGGCGACUCUAAUGGCGGAUCGAAUAAUCGCGUACGUUUCGCGCGUGACAACUCGCCCGAGCAAGUUCAAGAAGAGAAGCCGAUCCGAAUCGAGGCGGCGACAAAGAUGAGACAAAAGGCUCUAGACGAGCACAGCACCAUCAUUCGGGCACUUAACCACUUGCGAAUAUAUGGUGUACCGAGUCGGCUUCGCCCCUGGUAUAGACAUAAAUCCUCCAGCUCCAUACCUUUGGACCACGCCGAGCCAGAGGAGUCGGGUCUCAUCGCUGUCAACUCUGUAGUCAACGGUACUGGGGAUCUGGUUUGGGCUCCGGGAGAGGGAGAAGAAGAUGAUGUUGAGUCUGACGACGAGGAACCAAAUGGCGCGGCAACUGGUGGUCCAGCGCAGAAUGGCCCAACGCAAAAUGCCCCGACUCCAGUCGGCCAAGCACAAGCCAUACAGGCCUCAAACAGCCAGGCGCAAAACUUCCAGCCACAGCAUUCCCAUGUACAGACCAACCUGACAGCGAAUCUUCAGUGA